AUGUCACAACAAAGUCCUUAUACAUCCAUGCAUGGUAGUGCUACCCCACAAGCUGGAACGAGUCAAAAUAUGAGCAACGCUAAAUUGAUUAAUGGUGCUAAUGUUAAUAAUCUCAAUUAUAAAAAUGGAACUAGUGCAGUAGCUCGUGAUGACUCAACUAUUGUAGGUUUACAUUAUCGUAUUGGUAAAAAAAUUGGUGAAGGUUCCUUUGGUGUAUUAUUCGAAGGGAUUGAUAUGGUUAAUGGUACACCUGUUGCUAUUAAAUUUGAACCUAGAAAGACUGAAGCACCUCAAUUGAAAGAUGAAUAUCGUGCUUAUAAGAUUCUUUCAGGUACGCCGCAUAUACCUCGUGCUUAUUAUUUUGGUCAAGAAGGUUUAUAUAAUAUUCUUAUUAUUGAUUUAUUAGGUCCUUCUUUAGAAGAUUUAUUUGAAUGGUGUAAUCGUAAAUUUUCUGUUAAGACUGUUGUUCAAAUUGCUGUACAAAUGAUUACAUUAAUUGAAGAUCUUCAUGCGCAUGAUUUAAUCUAUAGAGAUAUUAAACCUGAUAACUUUUUAAUUGGUAGACCAAACGCACCGGAUGAAAAUCAAAUUCAUUUAAUUGAUUUUGGUAUGGCAAAACAAUAUAGAGAUCCAAAGACUAAACAACAUAUUCCAUACCGUGAAAAGAAAUCUCUAAGUGGUACAGCAAGAUAUAUGUCAAUUAAUACACAUCUUGGUAGAGAACAAUCAAGAAGAGACGAUAUGGAGGCGUUAGGUCAUGUAUUUUUUUAUUUCUUGCGUGGUUCGUUACCAUGGCAAGGUUUAAAAGCACCAAAUAAUAAAUUAAAAUAUGAAAAAAUUGGUGAAAAGAAGAGAACUACAAAUUAUUAUGAUUUAGCUCAAGGUUAUCCAAUUCAAUUUGGUCGUUAUUUAGAAAUUGUUCGUAAUUUAGCCUUUGAAGAAACUCCAGAUUAUGAAGGUUAUAGAUUAUUAUUAUUAAGUUCUUUAGAAGAUAUGAAUUUAACUGUUGAUGGACAAUAUGAUUGGAUGAAACUUAAUGGUGGUCGUGGUUGGGAUCUUUCAAUUAAUAAAAAACCAAAUUUACAUGGUUAUGGUCAUCCAACUCCAAGAAAUGAUAAGAAUGCCAAACAUAUCAGCAGAAAUACACAGCAACAGCAACAACAAUUACAAUCACAUCAUAGUCAUCCACAGCAACAACAGCAACAACCUUACCAACAACAACAGCAACAACCACCUACUUCUGUAUCACCUCAAUUAGACCCAAAUUCCUAUGAAGCAUUCAAGAUCCAAACUCAACAAAAGAUCGUUCAAAAACAACAUCAACAGCAACGUCAUCAACAGCAACAGCAACAACAACAACAGCAACAGCAACAGCAAGGUUAUGGUCGCCAAUCACAACCAGUAAUGAACAACAGUAAUAAUAUUAACAAUCAACAAGCUCCUCCACAACAACAGAACUACGAUAGUGAUUCGUUGUCUGAUGCAUCAAAGGGAGGAUUCUGCGCAAAAUUUGCAUGUUGCUGA